CGCGGACCCAAGAUGGCGGCGUGUGGACGUGUACGGAGGAUGUUCCGCUUGUCGGCGGCGCUGCAGCUGCUGCUGCUCGCGGCGGCCGGGGCCCAGAAAGUCCCGGGCCAGGGCGGCCACAGCCAGGGCCAGGGCCCCGGGGCCAACUUUCCGUCCUUUGUAGGGCAGAAUGGAGGCGGCGGGCCGGCAGGUCAGCCGCUGCUCCAGCUGCCUCAGUCAUCUCAGCUCCAGCACCAGCAGCAGCAGCCGCAGCAACCGCCUCAGCCGCCGCAGCCGCCUUUCCCGGCGGGUGGGCCUCCGGCCCGGCGGGGCGGAGCGGGGCCCGGCGGGGCUGGCGGGGGCUGGAAGCUGGCAGAGGAAGAGUCGUGCAGGGAGGACGUGACCCGUGUGUGCCCCAAGCACACCUGGAGCAACAACCUGGCGGUGCUCGAGUGCCUGCAGGACGUGAGGGAGCCUGAAAAUGAGAUUUCUUCAGACUGCAAUCAUUUGUUGUGGAAUUACAAGCUGAAUCUAACUACAGACCCCAAAUUUGAAUCUGUGGCCAGAGAGGUUUGCAAAUCUACCAUAUCAGAGAUUAAAGAAUGUGCUGAUGAACCGGUUGGGAAAGGUUACUUGGUUUCCUGCUUGGUGGAUCACCGAGGCAACAUCACUGAGUAUCAGUGUCACCAGUAUAUCACCAAGAUGACAGCCAUCAUUUUCAGUGAUUACCGUCUGAUCUGUGGCUUCAUGGAUGACUGCAAAAAUGAUAUCAACAUUCUGAAAUGUGGCAGCAUUCGGCUUGGAGAAAAGGAUGCACAUUCACAAGGUGAGGUGGUAUCAUGUUUGGAAAAGGGCCUAGUGAAAGAAGCAGAAGAGAGAGAUCCCAAGAUUCAAGUCUCUGAACUCUGCAAGAAAGCCAUUCUGCGGGUGGCUGAGCUGUCCUCAGAUGACUUUCAUCUAGACCGGCAUUUAUAUUUUGCUUGCCGAGAUGAUCGGGAGCGCUUUUGUGAAAACACGCAAGCUGGUGAAGGCAGAGUGUACAAAUGCCUCUUUAACCAUAAGUUUGAAGAAUCCAUGAGUGAGAAAUGUCGAGAAGCGCUGACGACUCGCCAAAAGCUUAUUGCCCAGGAUUAUAAAGUCAGUUAUUCGUUGGCCAAAUCCUGUAAGAGUGACCUGAAGAAAUACCGGUGUAAUGUGGAAAACCUUCCACGGUCCCGGGAAGCCAGGCUCUCCUACCUUCUCAUGUGUUUGGAGUCAGCUGUGCAUAGAGGGCGCCAGGUGAGCAGCGAGUGCCAGGGGGAGAUGUUAGAUUACCGGCGCAUGUUGAUGGAAGACUUUUCUUUGAGCCCUGAGAUCAUCCUGAGCUGUCGGGGGGAGAUUGAACACCACUGUUCUGGAUUACAUCGAAAAGGGCGAACUCUGCAUUGUCUGAUGAAAGUAGUUCGUGGGGAAAAAGGGAACCUUGGAAUGAACUGCCAGCAGGCGCUGCAAACACUGAUUCAGGAGACUGACCCUGGCGCAGAUUACCGCAUUGAUAGAGCUCUGAAUGAAGCCUGUGAAUCUGUGAUACAGACAGCCUGCAAACACAUAAGAUCGGGAGACCCAAUGAUCCUCUCGUGCCUAAUGGAACACUUAUACACAGAGAAAAUGGUGGAAGAUUGUGAGCACCGUCUAUUAGAACUGCAGUAUUUCAUCUCUCGAGAUUGGAAGCUGGACCCUGUCCUUUACCGCAAGUGCCAGGGAGAUGCAUCUCGUCUUUGCCACACCCAUGGUUGGAACGAAACCAGUGAACUUAUGCCUCCUGGAGCUGUGUUCUCUUGCUUGUAUAGACACGCCUACCGCACUGAGGAACAGGGCAGGAGGCUGUCUCGGGAGUGCCGAGCUGAGGUCCAGAGGAUCCUACACCAACGUGCCAUGGAUGUUAAGCUGGAUCCUGCCCUCCAGGAUAAGUGCCUGAUUGAUCUGGGGAAAUGGUGCAGUGAGAAAACAGAGACCGGACAGGAGCUUGAGUGCCUCCAGGACCACCUUGACGACCUGGCUGUAGAGUGCAGAGAUAUAGUCGGCAACCUCACCGAGUUAGAAUCCGAGGACAUUCAAAUAGAAGCCUUGCUGAUGAGAGCCUGUGAGCCCAUAAUUCAGAACUUUUGCCAUGACGUGGCAGAUAACCAGAUCGACUCUGGGGACCUGAUGGAGUGUCUGAUUCAGAACAAACACCAGAAGGAUAUGAAUGAGAAGUGCGCCAUUGGAGUCACCCACUUCCAGCUGGUGCAGAUGAAGGAUUUUCGGUUCUCUUACAAGUUUAAAAUGGCCUGCAAGGAAGACGUGUUGAAACUUUGCCCCAACAUAAAAAAGAAGGUGGACGUGGUGAUCUGCCUGAGCACUACCGUGCGCAAUGACACUCUCCAGGAAGCCAAGGAACAUAGGGUGUCCCUCAAGUGCCGCAAGCAGCUGCGGGUGGAAGAGCUAGAGAUGACCGAGGACAUCCGUCUGGAACCAGAUUUGUAUGAAGCUUGCAAGACUGACAUCAAGAACUAUUGUUCCACUGUGCAGUAUGGCAAUGCUCAGAUUAUCGAAUGUCUGAAAGAAAACAAGAAGCAGCUAAGUACCCGUUGCCACCAGAAAGUUUUUAAGCUACAGGAGACAGAGAUGAUGGACCCAGAACUAGAUUACACUCUCAUGAGAGUCUGCAAACAGAUGAUAAAGAGGUUCUGUCCAGAAGCAGAUUCCAAAACCAUGUUGCAGUGCUUGAAGCAAAAUAAAAAUAGUGAAUUGAUGGAUCCCAAAUGCAAACAGAUGAUAACCAAGCGCCAGAUCACCCAGAACACAGAUUACCGCUUAAACCCUGUGUUAAGGAAAGCCUGUAAAGCUGACAUUCCUAAAUUCUGCCAUGGUAUCCUGACUAAGGCCAAGGAUGAUUCAGAGCUGGAAGGUCAAGUCAUCUCUUGCCUCAAGCUGAGAUAUGCUGAUCAGCGACUCUCUUCAGACUGCGAAGACCAGAUCCGGAUCAUCAUCCAGGAGUCCGCUCUGGAUUACCGACUCGAUCCCCAGCUCCAGCUGCACUGCUCAGACGAGAUCUCUAAUCUGUGUGCUGAAGAAGCUGCAGCCCAGGAGCAGACGGGUCAAGUAGAAGAGUGCCUCAAAGUCAACCUGCUCAAAAUCAAGACAGACACCUGUAAGAAGGAAGUGUUAAACAUGCUGAAAGAGAGCAAAGCAGACAUCUUUGUGGACCCAGUCCUUCAUACAGCGUGUGCCCUGGACAUUAAACACCACUGUGCAGCCAUUACCCCUGGCCGAGGGCGUCAAAUGUCCUGCCUCAUGGAGGCCCUGGAGGAUAAGCGGGUGAGGUUACAACCCGAGUGCAAAAAACGCCUCAAUGACCGGAUUGAAAUGUGGAGUUACGCUGCAAAGGUGGCCCCAGCAGAUGGCUUCUCUGACCUCGCCAUGCAAGUGAUGACAUCUCCGUCAAAGAACUACAUCCUCUCUGUGAUCAGUGGGAGCAUCUGUAUAUUGUUCCUGAUCGGCCUAAUGUGUGGACGUAUCACCAAGCGAGUAACACGAGAGCUCAAGGACAGGCAACAGUGCAGGUCGGAGACAGUGGCUUAUAAAGAUUUAGCGUGGUCUCAGGGUGUGACUGGCCGUCCAACCUGACCUUUCUGCAGGCUCAAGGCCGUCUUCCCAGACAAGUUCCCUCAUGCCUCUUUGUGGAGAGGACUUGGAAAGUUACUGUGUUAAAAGAUGGAGCCUUGUUCUCCGUGGUUUUUUUCCUUUCUGUCCAUUUGCCGUGUACACCCACUGUAGUAGGCAUUGGCCAAAUGUUGUACUUUGAUGAUUCAUCAGUCUUUCCAGAAUCUGAGCUUGAGGGAAGCAGUUUUCCUGGCCUUCUUCCCUCGUCCCUCCAGUGUGGGAUGACAGGUUUGGCGUGUACAGGGGAGUGGUGCAAGCAUCAGGGUGCAGCCUGGCACACCUUGGUUUGAAUUUGGGGCCUGGAGUCACAGUGGCUGCACAAGGGGGCGGCAUGUACAGGAGGAGAUAUAUUUAUAUAAUAUAUAUUUUAUUAACCUGUUAGACGUCCACAGAGUAUUAUAAAUCACGUGCCUAAACUGUCCACAUAGACCAUGGCGCCCUUCCUUGCCCUGCCCCUCGUUUGCCACCAUCCACGUGGGCUGCGGGACCUACACCACAUUUGUCUCCCCUGAAAUGUGUUCGAUACAAAGUGGGCCAGUGUGUGGAUCAGUGGAUUCAAAUUACUUCUUGUCUAAUCUGACUGACCUAUAUUUGAAUACUGUGGUUUUCUUCUUUUUCUUGUUGCUACCCUUCCUGGAGGCAGUGGGGUCCAGAAACCGGCUCUGUUCCGCUGCCUACGGUACUUUACGUCACCAAGGGGAGCUGCUAAGCUGCUUGGUCCCCUCAUUCAUGCUCUUCGGGUCUUCCUGAUUCUCAGCGCCUGUCCUGGGAUUGAAACUCUUGGAGUCCGGGCAGAAGCCCCCUACUGCCACCAUUGUGGCACUGAAUUGGGCUGGUCUGCAUGGUCCACCUCCAGGAGUCCCCACCUGAGCUGUGGGAGCUUGGGAAUGAGAACGGGGGAUGUCGUCUAAACGCAGGCCCCCACCAACGUGUCUGGCAUGGCUUACAGGAUAGAAUAAACAUUCACCGUUUGGU